AUGCCAUGCGGAGCCGUGAAACCGGAAGCCUUGAAAGCCCACAGAGAGGCCCAGGAGCUCCAAACCCUAAGUUCUGUAUGGACACUUGGCCCGAACCAACAAAGCAAAUGCCGCCUAAAAUCAGAAGACUCAAAGCCCAAAACGGCCAAAGCCCUCAGCCCUCCAACCCAAAACCCUCAACCCUCCAGGCAAAAAGGGAAAGAACGAAUCCAGGCCACCCUGGAGACUGGCCAGCAUACACUCGUCCUUCGUGCGGUGAACCCGAUCCGCACACCCAGCUCCAACUGGUGGACAUUGCAGACCUUUGCAAAUGUCACGGCUGCUGCGGCCAGACUUGGCGAGUUCCCAGAUGUCAGGCAGCGUGGACGAGUGAUGGGCUUUCAACUGGCUCAAACUCUCCAGGCUACGAUACAGCCCAGCAGUCCGGAGGCGGAAGGUUCUGUUCAGCUCUUCCUGUGGCUGAGGCCUGCCAGCUACGUGCCAGCAGGUGGGCGAGUGGAGAUCCAUGCAGGGCAGGCUUUCGAGUUGUCCUGCACGCCUUCUUUCGUCCUGCUGUCCAUGCCUCCAGGAACCUGCGAAGCUCUGCAUGCGACCUCGGGACUGGAGUACACCGACGACCACGACAUCGUCGUGUUCCGCAUCGCUGAGGGCCACUUCCUUCUCCCGAACAACGAGUACGAACUGUCGAUUUUUGGAAGGAACGCGAGAACACUGGAGGGAGUUGUCUCCACCAGCUGGGGUGUUCUCUUGCGCGACGACCGGCGCGAUGUGUUGGAAGCAAACAUGGAGAUCCCUUCCUACAACCUGACGGCCGUUGGGAUGCAAGCGCUUUCGCUGCAGCCAAGCGUCUCAGUUCCCUACGCGCGCAACGAGGUUCGACUGCAGCUUGGCUUCCAGCAGAAGCUGUCUCUGGCCACCAUCAGCGAGCUGCCGUGGGGCUGUGUCCCCGGCACUAACGCUUACGCUACCGAACCACACUUUAGGAAGUGCGUCGACAUAUGGUCAGGUGAGAUAGACAGCCUUCUCGUGACGCCAAGUGCUAUGAGAAGCGGUUUGCUGAUCUCACAACUGUUCCCCCUGCUCCUGUCUUGGAGCAUCGCGGAGGGGAGCUGCACCGACGCAGCGGAGCUCGCCAGCUGCAAGCCUGCAGAUCUUCAUUACCAGCAAGAUGAAGAGGAGGACAGUGAUGACACCACACUCCUCGCUAUGCCGCAGCGGCCCACACGCAGGGCUGCAGCGCCAAGGCGAAGUGGGGAAGCCGCUGUCCGAAGCUCCGAUGCCACAUCCUUGUUUCAGGUCGAAGAGGUCAUCAGUGGUCCUGUCGUUGGAUUGGUGAAGCCAGAAGGGCGUGAUCACGAGCAGGCCUUGUCUGAGCCGCGGCCGCUGCAGACGCCCACGGCAGGACCCAGUGGCCUCGCAGCCAUCUACGUCGACAUGGGUGAAGAGAAGACGAGGCCAGAAACUUGGUUCCUGGUGGCUACAGUUGCUCUCGUGCUGGUGGUGCUUCUCGCCUGGGCGUGUCUCUUCCAAAAUGGCAAAGAGUCCGCUCAGGGGCUGGCGAUUAAUCCAGAGCUCGGCCGACAAGUCAUGCGGCUUCCGAUUAGAUCUGCUGAGGAAAUCCUACAGAAGUUCGCUCCAGCUUCACCUGCCGCUGCUGACUCCAACCAGAACUCCGGCAUGCUGGUACGCCUCGAAGGACGUGUCGUUGCCAAGAGCGCGCAGAUCAUGGGCACACCCUUCAGCGAGCGCCAGUGCGUUAUGUAUUCGGCCUCCGCUUCUCACAAGCGCCAGGACGGUGUGCAUCAGCCGCCGCUCGCUUACCACGCUGCCUGCUCGGACUUUACCCUUGAGCUCGAGCAUCCAGAGGGCCCCUUGCAGAUCACAGUCCACGGCCACGACGUCCUUCUCUUCGAGAUGUCGCAAGGGCGUUUCAGCCGGGAGGCUCCCUUCUCAGAGGUGCCCGAGGCCUGGAGAGGCUUCGCGCUGGCGCACCUCAUCCAUGGCGCGGAUGCAUCGUGCAACGCGAUGAGCUGCGUUGACUUGGGCACGAAAGGAGCCCUCGAGUUUUGUGAGAGUGCCCUCCUGGAUGGCUCUCGCGUGACCUGUGUUGGCGAGGUGGUGCGCGACCGGAAUGGCAGCCUCAGUCUGUGCCCAUGGCGUCCUCCGGUGGUGGGAUUGGACUCGCCUCAGCAGCCUCGCAGCCGCGUCCAGAGCUUCACCGCUGCUUUCUUUGGGAAGCCAAGGUUCUCGACGACAACCUGGGAGUCCUCGGGCCGGAGCACCUCGGCAUUGGCAGGACAAGUCCUCAUCAGUGAUGGUGCGGACUUCAUUGACAACAACUUUUCACUCUGGCGGCGACUAACGCGAGGCCCGGGCUGGCGGUCUGCGUCGUUGCUGGUCUCUUGA